ACUGAAACAAGACAGUAGGAGGAUGAUAAGGAUGCAGCUGACUGUUGCUGGAAGUGGGAAACUGACACUGAGCAGCGUGAGGGCUGUGCAGAUAUAAAGCAGAGUGGCAGCAGCAGGAAAACUAUUUUUCCUGCCAGGCAAAUACAUUUUUUUCAAAUAUAUAUUAGCUUUAAAAUGUAGAAUUUGGGUGCAUGUCCUGGGCUGACUCCCAAACAUUUGUACUCAUGUGCCAGCACCUCCUUUCAUCAGUCUAUUUUAGGCGUGUUCCUUUAUACCUUGCUGGGGGCUUCCCUCCUGUUCCACCUACGCGCUGUCUGCUUAUUUGUUCCUCUUGUCUAUUUUAAAACGCUUUCCGUUUCCAGAGACUUUGUCAGGAACAAACAAAUGUAUAAAUUUAUCUCCCAGGAAGGUUCUUGAACACCACAAUAAAUAAUGUAUCAUCAUCUAAUUAAAGUUGUUAUAAAUGGGAUACUGUGUCGGAGCAAAUUAUUUCUCAACUUGUAUUUAAAGUGCUAGCAAAUUCUAAAUGCAUUUAUCUCUAAAAGUGGCUUCACUUAGCACUAAAAACACAAUAUGUUUGUCUACAAACCUUUUUUUUUUUUUUUUUUUUACAAAUUAUAAGGUUUUCGCUUACAUGUGACCUAAAGCUUGACAGAAAGAGGCGGUCUACGUGGUCAUGUCUUUAUUGUCUAAAUAUAGUAUCCACCUUCCCUAUCUGGUGGCCACAGCUGUUUUCUCUCUCCCUUUUUUUUGAUGAAGCAUGGCUAUAAGAGGGUGUUGGUGUGUGUGUGUGAGUGCAUACGAGCUCUGACAACAGCAGUGGUACAGUUUAGCAGCAGCAGCAGAGGGAGAAUGGUCAGACAUAUGUUCUCCAACUUCCUACUACUCUGGUCACUCAGCCAUGACCUUUGCGUAACAGGACUGACGUAUUAUGCUUCGAGGGAGCAGUCCUGGAACAAUCGGAAUCUCUCUUCUAUCCCUGUGGAUUUGGAUAUAAGGAUCAGAAGACUGGACCUGUCCAAUAACUUCAUCAAACAGCUGCACACGCUUGAGCUGCCUUACUUGGAGCAGCUGGACUUGAGCAACAACCAGCUGGAUCUCAUCUCCGAGGGGCUGUUUGAAAACCUGGUUCGACUUGAGCAGCUGAAUUUGUCCAGAAACGAACUAAACAACAACCUUGGCAAUAACAGCAAAGCCCUCCAAUCCCUCAGCGGGCUGAAGGAUUUGGACAUAUCAAUGAACGGCCUGAGUGACUUUGCAGCCGAGCACUACCUUAGAAACAAAUCCGCCCUCGAUCAGCUCAAGAUGACCGGUAAUGCUUUAACAAGACUUUCACACAAAUUAUUCACAGAGAGUAAAAGCCUGAGGGCCAUUGCUAUUGACGACAAUCUGAUAUCUGAGAUCGAAGAAGGGACGUUCGAAUCACUGAUCCAAUUAGAGGUGUUAAACUUGGCUAAAAACAAUCUUGCGCACAUUUGUGAUUUUAAAUUGCGUCAAGUGAAAUUUCUAAAUCUGAGCAGAAACUCCGUAGAGUUUUUUGUCACACAUGAGGACAGCAGGCUGUACAGGCUUGAAGUUCUUGAUCUCAGCCACAACAAACUUCUUUACUUUCCAAUCGUUCCGAAAAUGAACCGUUUGCGGUAUCUUUAUUUGCAGAAUAACAUGAUCGGUUCCUAUUCAGAGGCUGCUUUGGUGUCAGAGACAAAUUCUCUUUAUAGUGAGAUUGUAGGUGAAAAAAUUGCAAUAAAAAACAACCUACACUCAAACUGGAGGCCCAUGCCACUGAUUUAUAUUGACCUGAGCUACAACCACUUCAGGUCUUUCCCAAUCGAGACUUUAAGCCUAUUGCUGUCUUUAGAAACUCUGAAUCUCAGCUAUAACUGUCUACAAAGCAUCAUCUGGGAUGUGAGAAAUGACUCUGACUCAGGACCCCUUCGCCAGCUUUUCUUCCGCUCCCUAAAGCACCUUGACCUGCAAAGCAACAGGCUGGUAUAUAUUUCCCCAACUUUUCUCAGUGCACUCGCACAAAUAGAAAGACUAAAUCUGCAAGACAACUCAGUCCAACCUUGCACUUCUGCUGAUCACUUAGGAAGCAUUAACUCAACACAGCAAACAAAUCUUGAUGACCUUUGUGUUGAAUUCGCCUACUUAGGGACUCUAAAACACCUCAAUCUUAAAGGAAAUGGCAUAAAAAUGCUUCAGCCUAACACAUUUCAGGGGACUUCUUUGGUUUCCCUCAGCCUUGCAAAAAAUCCAUCACUGGUCAUGCAAGAGGGGGCGCUAGAAGUUGUGCAAACAACUCUACAGUCCUUAAUUAUCAGUGAGAUCAACUUAACCAGCUCUCGUCUGUUGUCUCUACCGUGCAUGCCGGCAUUAACCCACCUGAACGUAUCGAACAACCUGCUGGAUACAAUUCCCAGAAGUUUAAGUUGUUCUCCCCUGAGAGAAAUUGACAUAAGACAUAAUGUUUUUAUAACUUUAAACCCUUCGUUGAUUCGCGCUUUAUCCACAAACCUUACCGUCAUGCAUAUAAGCGGGAAUCCUUUCAACUGCUGUGACAACAGAUGGUUGAUGGUCUUAAAUGAGACGGAGAUUACAGUGCCCGAUAUCAGUGAGGCAGAAUGCUUUACGAGAGUUAGAAACCUUACGGUGACAGAAUAUCUGAUGAACCCUUCAUUGUACUGUUCAUUGCGCACAAAGGCACAGGAAGUUCAUUUUGGACAAAUGAUGAUAAUUGUCUUAUUUGCAAUUGUUUUGUUAGCAGUUUUCAUCAUGUUCAGCAGGAAGCUGUGCUGCACACAGAGAUCUGUUAUGGUGUGAAGUCUCAAAUCAGUCUUUUACAGUUUUUUUUUUUAGAUAAUUUUAGACGUGCACAUGGGCUAUGUAAAGUAAGCAUGCCAUAAACUUGGUGGAAAAGUGAAGAUUUUGGUUAUUGCACAUUACAGUCUUACAGGACAUACCUGCAAACUUUUCGUGACCUCUGCAGCUAAAAUCUUAAACUGGAAAUUGGCAUUACUGAUUCCCAAGUGGUUUGGUUACAGUGCACGUCAAAUCAAGAAUCACAAGAGUUCGUAUCCAUUCUUCAUCGUGAAUGUUUGUUUUGAAACUAAAAGCUUUAGCCAAUGGAUUACAUUUUUAUGACGUCUAUGAAGCCUUGCAGAACAUUCCAAGAGUCACGACUGGACUCCUGAAUAAUUCAACACAAUUGCCAUAUAGACCCUUGUAAGAGAGCUUUUGUUUAAACAUAUUGAUUUGUAUAUAUUUUUAAAUAAGAAUGGCUUAUUUUGUCUUUAUACAAGAAAUGUCAUUAUACCAGCCUGUUCUGUAAUAUAUAAUGUGUGGCUCUGACCCUGGAGACUGUGGUCAGAUGUUGCAACGGUGUAUGGUUUACAUAAUAAACAUGUCGCACUGAAUAACCACGAUAUCGUGCAGUUCUUUAUUUAAGAAUACCAUUCCCCGCAUUUCAGUAUCUACAAAAUAAAUCAAUGAGGUGGGAAGGUGAACAAUUAUAGUUGAAAUGCCACCAAGUCAUAGAAUCCUAACUGUAAGGUCAUGAUCAGAGAAGGUCAUCCAUUAAGAUUGUGAAACUAAGCAACACAACAUUAAACUUUGACUUGCAUCCUACAAUACUGAUCCACUGGCAAUGGCAUGAAAAGAUAUUUGAAAUUGUAAGCAAGUACCUCUGGAUGUACACCAAAAGAAAAAAAAGAUAUGCCAUUGAGCAAUCUUUCUUGCUGUCUUCCUAUUGGCAAAUCCCUCUUCUUGAAACUGAUGCAAAGUGCCGUUUUGCAACUGGAACCAGUAUAUGUGAUGUCAGCAUUAUCACGGGUACAGCAAAACUGCCUAUCAAUCUAACUCUUGAGCAAUAUUAACUUUAGUAAAAUGUCUGUAUUGCCCCACCCACACGUUUCAGCUUCUAGAUCAAGUAGCAGCUUGACAAGUUCAAGCAAAGAGCACUUGAAGAAAAGAACACUGUGUGGAUAGCAUUAGGUGUCAAACCAUAGGAAUGCAACAAGUAAAUUGUAUUCAUUCUUCUUCUUGGUGUUGAUAGUUACUGGCAUUUAGACAUUAGCAACAGCUUGCAUGCAAAGUUGCACGACUUUCUGUUUCUACCUCUACACCAGGGGUGCCAAACACAUGGCCCCUGGGCCAGAAUCAGACCGCCAAAGACUCCAUUCUGUCCAACUAGACAGACUUGGAAAAAAAUUGAGAAAAAGGGCAUAAAUUUGGGACUUUUAACUGUAUUUUCUAUAAGGUUGACAGCUUUUCCUACUGAUAAGGACCUCCUUCGUAACCAUUCAUAACACACCAAAGUAACUAAAUAAUAGAUAAACAGUUAAAUGCAAUAUCUACAACUGAAACUUCUAUCUUUUUAAAGAGGGUCCACAGUUAGAAAGUCAUAGUCUGUUACAUCCAGUACUUACAAUAUGGACAGAUUUCUUCCAUUUAAUACAGCAGCAUUUCUUUAUCGUGUAGAAAAACCGAGACAUACUGCUUAAAAGGUACUUCUUUUUUGUUAUAUGAAGAUAUCUGAGAAAUUCAAUGGAUGGUUA